AUGAUCGACCAUGUGGAGAUGUUGGUAGAACAUUUGAACAACGACGACCCCAAGAAACGUAUCAAGGCAGCCGAAGCCAUGUCGGCGUACAUCGCGGACGAUGCCUUUCUGCCGGAGCACAUGGAAGUGCAUCCUGCGCAGGUCCUGGCCACCCUGUUCUUUCGCAGCAUGCCGGAUCGCCUCGCUUGCAUCAGCGCCAGCCGUUGUUUGGGCAUCAUGGGUCACCGUGCGGCGCCCUAUGCCUCCGCAGCCCUGACGCGGGUGCUGAGCAACGCGGGCAGCGACCUACGCUACGAGGCGCUGGUGGCGCUGGGGUACCUGGGCCCCGAGGCCGCGCCCGAGGCCGCCACCGCCGUGGCGGAGCGCGCCACCACGGACGAGGACGCACGGCUGAGGCGCCAGGCGCUGUUGACGCUGACGAUGUUUGGGCCCGAUGCGGCGCAACCGGCAGGUGCGGCGAUUGCAAAGGCUUGCCAGGACGAGGACACUGAUGUGCAGGUGUCUGCCAUGAAGUGCAUGAAACGGAUGGGUCCAGAGAUGGAUGGAGACAUUGCAGGGCCUGCCUUGAAGAAGGUCCUGGCCUCGGGCUCUGCGGAGAUGCGUCGCUUCGCCAUGGAGACCAUCGCGGUGAUCGGCAACAGCGUGGCGUCGCACUGCAGCAAGGCGGUGGCGCACCACUUGGUUAUGAAGCACUUGUGGAUUGCCAUGGGUGGUUUGAGUGAUAUGCUUCCUUUCACCACCAUUGAUGGAGUUGUGGCUCCCUUCACAGGCAGUGAUCCCACCCUGAGACAUCUGGCAGUGUUGGCACUGGAAUCCAUGGGGCCACAAAUCGUUUACGAACAGGAGGCGGCUGCUGGAAAGCAGAAUGUGCUGCUCUCGCGAGCCAUCAGGGAUCCUGAAAGACAGGUUGGGGAACAAGCCUUCCUCACCUUGCGAGAUGCUGGUUGUGUGAAGGGGAUGAUGGGCUCCAUGUUCUUGGAAGAGCGCAUCUUUUCACCCGAGGUCCUGGCUGCCUCCAAGUUGGCCACCGAGAACAGCGAUUCCGACUCAGAGUCCAGCUCGGAUUUGGGCUCGGAGGAAGAUGUGGAUGACUUUGGCUCCUCAGUCGGUGAGGAGGAGCAAGAAGAGGAAUCGGAGGAUGACCAGGCUGCGCAGGACAAGGAAGACGAAGAGCGAAGAGAGGAGGAGCGCAUCCGGCGAAUGGUGCUGGCUCAGCAGGACUGUGCCAACUGGACCUGUCCCGAGGGGCACCAAGCGAAAGCCAACGCCGAGUCCAUUUUUUGCGAAGCGGAAUGCGAUGAGGUGGCAGAUGUGUACCGAUGCUGUGACCAACUUUGCGGCAGCUUUGCGUGUCAAUCAUAUUUGAGAUUACCCAACGUUGUAUGUCCUGGGCCCUGCGAGCCUCGAAGGGAUUUGGCACGGUGCUGUGACAUCCCGGUGGUGCAGGAAGAGGGUGUCCAACUCCUGAGAGCAGCAGUGGCUGGCGAGGUCUACGAAGUUGACCGCUUGGUAGCGAUGCGGGCCAAUGUGUCCAACACAGCGCCAGCAGGAACCACUGCACUUCACUUUGCGGCCUUGCACGGCCACACGGAAAUGCUGAGGAGGUUGCUUCAGGGCGGCGCUGAUGUGAACGCACUGGACGACCACGGCUGGGCUCCGCUGCAUGUGGCGGCCGGUGCUGGUCGCUUGGAUGCCAUGAAUCUUCUGGUGGCUGCGGGAGUUGCCUGGUUGCAAUGA